GAAUGAGUGUAUGUGACCGGUAAGGAUUUCCGUUCGAUACCAGUUUGUGUGGGAACGUGUUUUUCGUGAAUGCAGACAUAAAACGCUCAAAUAGUGACAUAGUGUAGUGUUGUGUUAGUGACAAUGUGCUAGACGUUUGACAGUAAGACAGUGUUUGACAGUGAGACUAUGUGCAGUGUAGUUGGUGGUAGCCAAAAUGUGUGCCACUACGAGGAAUCUGGUAGCUGUAUUGUGUGCGUUGGCGUGUGUAGCCGGGUUCCAGCAGCAGUACUUCAGGAUAGUCCCCAGAAGCCUACGGGUUCACGAGGGUUCAGAGGCUGUCCUAGAAUGUGCUGUCGCUAACCUGGCCGGGCAGGUGCAGUGGGCUAAAGAUGGAUUUGCACUUGGCUUCUCGUCCGUCAUACCCGGCUACCCUCGCUACACGAUGAUCGGCGACCGCCGCCACGGCGUUUACAACCUUAGGAUAGUGAACUCGACGCUGGAGGACGAAGCGGAGUACCAGUGCCAAGUGGGGCCCGCGCAGAUGCAUAAGGUCAUAAGGGCCAACGCGUCACUCACUGUUAUAGGUAAGUGCGUUUACCUUAGGAUAGUGAACUCGACGCUGGGGGACGAAGCGGAGUACCAGUGCCAAGUGGGGCCCGCGCAGAUGCAUAAGGUCAUAAGGGCCAACGCGUCCCUCACUGUUAUAUGUAAGUGCGUUUACCUUAGGAUAGUGAACUCGACGCUGGAGGACGAAGCGGAGUACCAGUGCCAAGUAAGUGUGCUUACCUUAGGAUAG